AUGAUUGACCAUUUCUCCAAAUACGUGAUAGCAGUAGCUCUCCCAAACUGCAAGACUACUACCGUUGCGCAAGCUAUUAUGGAUCACUGCAUCUUCAAGUAUGGGGUUAUGUCGCAGCUAAUUUCAGAUAACGCACCAUAUUUCCGAGGGGAAGUCAUGACAACUAGCGAAUCUUCGAAUUCGGCGGACAAGCCUCGGGACGGCACGUCUAGUGACAGCCCCCAGGGCAGCCAAGAGAUGGCAACUACCGACACAAACGUAGCAACCGCAGUCAACACCUCGCGAACACCAUCAUUCGCAUCGCACGAGCUGCUGGCCAGUAAUACUCCUAUUCAACCACGUAGUGGCAAUCCACAGACAACCCCCGCCCCCUCGACGUCACCUCAACACCUACCUGUCGGCCCAGACAUACAAGCCACGAGUAAGCAAUCACUUCCGCCACGUAGUGGCACUUCACCGACAAUAUCGCUCCCACAGCAAUCAGUGGAUCUCCCCUCGACCUCACGAGCUCAACCCACCCCGCCUAACUCUCUACCACCCAGACAGUCUCCACAGGGCCAACAGCGUAUCAGUCGACCGCCACAGAUAAACAAAUACAGUAGAAAACGUCGUUAUCCGUCAUCACGCAGACAAAAAUCAUUUAAGCGCCCUGCUAGAGGGCCUGCGCAAGCCGAAUGGCUACAACGACGAACCGCAGAUGACUAUUGGCACUAUCUAAUGGACAUGCACCCAUGGGCACGCCACGUCAAACCACGGCCACUUCGUCGCGAAGACCUCACCGAAGCUCAGAUCUCCAAUGUCCUGCCGGAGGACACAUACAGACAGGGAGCAGGCGAAGCAGUAACAAUCACGAAGUCUCUGUGUAAGUUCGAGUGGCCGCAGGUCCAAGAAGACGAGAUCCUCUUCACUCAGAGUCGACGUCAAGUAUCCUGUGCAGUACGCUUCUCGGAACCCCCAGCAUCCCUGACAGCACGAGACUGGUUGUGCAGACAAGUUGAGUACUUCUUCCCCGCGUAUCCAGACGAGGGUAUGGCUCCAUUGGCAGUUAUGAAGGCCCAAGAUGAUGAUGCCAAAUGGUUUUGCGACAGAAUGGGACCGUUCAACAACCUGAUCGACAAACAUGACCAGGCCAUCAGACGGAUGGGCAAGGUCUACAGCAUGGCUUGUGCUGCUCUGGCCGCCUACACCACGAUGUAUGAUGACCACAGGACUCACAGGGUAACCGGCACCGUUCCAUCACUCACGUCCUAUCCUCUGCAAAUAGAGUUCACCCUGUCGGAUAUGUCGUCAGAAACCGGAUAA